GUCCACUCACAAAGAUCCCCGGUCACGACCAAUUACUCAAUUCAUUGAUUAUCUUCCCCAAAACUCGGUCUAUCGAUAACCUUCCCCCUCUUCCCUGCCCAUCUUGUUGUGCUGCCUGGCCUAGGAUGUUCGCUUCGUGAGGGGAAAGAGACCGAGGACUGCCACUUCAUCUUUCAUAUAUAUCAACUACCCCUCAAAGGCAUCCCACAAAAAGUGAUCCCCAAUCAGCAGAAAAUGGACAGUUGGGUGAACUGCCUAUCUCUCGAAUUCAUUGCUCUCUCUGUCGGUUGAAUUUCACCCAUUGAGGUCAUUUGUCCUUCUAUUCCCUCCGUAUGGACGUGGAAAACCCCGACACAAUCAAACCGUUCCACUCGGGCGACCAAAGUGCCCAAGAUGCGCACGACCUGGCGGCCAUGGGCCAUGAUCAGGCCCUCUCGCGUAAAUUCGAUAUCUGGAGCAUGCUGUCGCUUGCCUUUUGUGUUCUAGGCACCUAUUCCACAUUUGCUCAGGAUCUCGAUAGCGGCCUCACCAAUGGAGGCCCAAUCGCUAUUCUAUGGGGGCUGGUCCUGGUCACCGGAUGUAAUUUGUGCGUGGCCGUCUCCCUCGGGGAGCUGACCAGCAGUAUGCCCACUGCUCUGGGCCAGGCCUACUGGGUCUUUCGACUCUGCGAGAACCCUCUGGGUCGCUUUACCUCGUACAUGUGUGCGUGGAUCAAUACCUUUGGCUGGUGGACCUUGACGGCCUCCCAGUUCGCCUUCAUGACCGAGUUCCUGCUAGGAAUGAAGGUCUUGUUUGACAACUCGUGGAGCGGUGCCGGCAUGGGAUGGCUGAGAUUCGUCGUCUACAUCGGGUGUGUCCUAGCGCUGACAGUGGUCAACCUCAUCGGUUGUCGCAAGGAGAAAUUCCUCCCAUGGCUGAACAACUUUGUUGGAGUCUGGUUCAUGGCCCUGUUUGUUGUGCUGUCCCUGGCCUUGCUCAUCUCCGUCGGCGUGAAGAAAGACCUCUCCUUCCAGCCAGCCUCUUUCGUCUUCGGCAACUGGAUGAACGAAACCGGCUGGGACGACGGAAUCGUGUGGUUCAUGGGUCUUGUCCAGGCCGCCUAUGGUCUGACCGCCUUUGACGCGGUGAUCCACAUGGUGGAAGAGAUUCCCGCGCCGCGGCGCAACGCCCCGAGAGUGAUCUGGCUCUCCGUGCUCAUGGGCGCGAUCACCGGCUUCAUCUUCAUGGUUGUCUGCCUGUUCUCCAUCCAGGACAUCGACCGUGUCAUCAACUCUGCGACCGGCUUGCCCUUCAUGGAGCUGAUGCUGGAAACCAUCGGGCUCAAAGGCGGCGCCACGUUGCUGGCACUGUUCAUCUUCAACGGCCUCGGGCAGGGCAUCAGCAUUCUCACGACGGCCUCGCGGCUGACGUGGGGCUUCGCGCGCGACGGCGGCCUCCCGUGGAGCGGGUACCUUAUGCACGUCGACCCGGUGUGGAAGGUCCCAGCGCGGGCGCUGUGGUUCCAAGGCUUCCUUAUCGCGCUGGUGGGGGUGCUGUACCUGUUCGCCGACACGGUCUUGCAGGCCAUUCUGAGCGUCAGCACGAUCGCCCUGACCAUCUCGUACGGCCUCCCCAUCGCCGCGCUGCUGAUCGUCGGGCGCGACAAGCUCCCGCCCGGCGAAUUCCACCUCGGCCGCUGGGGCGCCCCCAUCAACUACAUCAGCGUCAUCUACUGCAUUGUCACGACCAUUUUUUUCUUAUUUCCCGGCGCCCCUAACCCGUCCGCCAGCGACAUGAACUGGGCCAUCGCCGUGUUCGGCGUGAUGCUCAUCGUGGCCGUCGGGUUCUGGUUUUUGAAGGGCAAGCGUACAUACUUGAAGACGGAGGACGCGAUCGCGACGAUGAUCCAGGCGCAGCGUCUGGAGACCGAGACGGGCGAUCAGGGGUCUGAUAAGAAGAUUUGA